ACUCCAUCAGUUCAGCAGUUUCUCUUUUGUGUAUCUUCUCUGUCUUCUCAAACCUCCAGUCGGUUUUGGCAGAUGGUCAAUUAUACUGAGCCUGGUUUCGGUUCUGCUGGAGGUUUCUUCCUUUGAAAUGGGAGUUUUUCCUCUCCAUACAUGCUCAGUAUGAGGGAUUGCUGUAAAGUCAAUGACACAAAGCAAGCGAUUGUCUACUGUCACUCAUCCAGGAGGAGUGAACCUGACACUAUGGGGUUGACCUUGCUAACGCUCCCCUCUCUCUCCCUGUCUUUGCUUCUCUCUUGGCAGUAUUACUUCUUUGUAUCAGGUCUUCAGUGAUAAGAUUAGGUUACCUCACCUGCAAGUGAUACAGCUUCAUAAAUAUCUUGCUUUUCAUGAAUAAUUGGCAAGUUUGCCAGCUAAAGUGAGCAUGUGUACAGAAAGAGGCUGCAGGCAGAUAAAGCAGUCACUGUUUGUGGAGCAGCAGACCAAAGAUGGAUAUUUCUGUUCUACCCAACAACAAUCACCCUGAAAAGUUCCUGCAGUUGGAUGUUGGCGUUUUGGAUGCUACCCAUGGCAUGUUUCAGGUUGGAGCAUUUGUUUCCAGUCAGAGACGAUGGCAGAACCGGGUCUAUUUACAGGUAUGGAGCAACAGAGCUACCAUUACUCAACAGCAUGCUCCUUCCUCACAGUAUACUCAAGGUUGCCUCAAGCGGGAACAAACAACCCAACAUGGAAGAAAAAUUCCUCCAUAUUCAGAGGGCAGUCCUGUGGUGUUUGUGGACAGAUAUCUGGAGAAGCACAUAACUCCAGUAACUCUGAAGUAUAACAUCAAAAGGAAUCCUCUUUACAUGGAUAUAAAAUCCAUCGACACGGCAGACAAUGAAAGAUUUAAGCCUUCCUGGACCAUCAAAGAAUAUGACACACAAACUAUCCAUGGCAACUUAACAGAUUAUUUGAAGCAUACAAAAACACCCAAGGAGCUUGACUUUUGGCUUGAAGACCUGUACACUCCAGGAUUUGACUCUCUGCUCAAGAGAAAAGAAGCAGAGCACAAGAGAAAAAGACUUUCCAAAAUUGUUCUCUCAGUAAUUUUGCUAAUUUGUGCUUCUCUUAUUGUCAUAAUAGUGCCUAUUGUAGUUUUACAACAGAGCUAAUUUGGAUGCAACUAUUGUGCUAUAAUCAGCAUCAUCUACUCUAAAAGACAAUAGGGGAUGAUACAGUGUCCAAAC